CCCCGUCUCCGAGUGGGCGGAAGGAAGGGGGCUCCCCGGCCCUGCUGGCUGGGCCGGCCGGAGAGCCUGUGGAAGGCUGGGGUUUGAUACAUUGUAGCGCCCGCCCUGCGGGCUGCGGCGGCGCCAGUUUGAGGCCUCAGUCUCAUGGUUGGAGUCUAAAUGAUGGACUUGAGAGACAUGUGAGGAUGUAAUGUACACGAGGAAACAGGAUGGAGAAGGAAAGAGAUGACUUACAGGGGAAGCAGCAGCAUGAAAGAUGUAGACAAAAUUGAAACUUUAAAAGAAGAAUGGGUAUGUAAACAAGGAACCGAUGACCAAACUCCUAACGGUGCAGAGCAAAGCUGUGAAUUUUUUGUUGAUAACCUUUUUGAAGAAGCUCAGAAGGUUGGUGCUAUAUGCAUGCCACCAGCUAAAGUUAAGAAUGAAGCUGAUAUAAUUAUUAAACUAUGGAAAAAUGGAUUUACAGUAAACGACGGUGAACUCAGAAGCUACAAAGAUGUUGCAAACCAGCAGUUCUUGGAUUCAAUUAAAAAAGGGGAGUUGCCAUUUGAGUUACAAAAGACUUUUGAUGAUGACGUGGAUGUGAAGGUGGAAGAUAAGAAAGACGAGGUAUAUGUAUUAAAGAAGCCAAUAUUUCACCCCUUUUCUGGACAAGGUUACCGGUUAGGCAGCGCGACUCCAAGAAUAAUUUCUAAAGUAAAAAAGGACCUUGAAGCUGAGAACAAAAGGCCUCUUCCUUCAAUAACGCUAAACAAUUUGGAACCAGUCACUAAUAUCCAGAUCUGGUUAGCAGAUGGGGAAAGAAUAGUACAAAAGUUUAAUGUUUCUCAUAGAAUAAGCCAUGUCAGAGACUUCAUAACAAAAUAUCAAGGAUCGCAGGGAAGUGUUCCUUUCAGCCUGACCACAUCUCUUCCUUUCCUAGAGCUGCUGGAUGAGACUCUCACUCUGGACGAAGCUAACUUACAAAAUGCUGUUAUAGUUCAGAGACUUCAGAAAACAACUGAGCCUUUCAGAAGUUUUUCAUAGUCUUUGGUUUUAAGAGUACCUUGAUUAUGACAGUAGAACUGCUGCUGCAAGUAAUGGCCAAAAAAACAUAAAGACUUACCAGUACCAAUUAGUGUUCAACUCACCAAAAGUCUACAUCUAAGUUGAACUAAACUAGACAAAACCAAAACAAACCUGAACAGCAAUAUCUGGAUGCACUGUAUCAUCUCAACAAAGCUGCACUCUUCUUAAAGAGCAAAUUGUGUGUUUUGUGCUGUAGUUUGAGGUAUUUUCUAAGCAUUUCAGUGUUUGGAGAUUGGCAGUAAUGAAGCAGAGGUAACCUAGUAAGACAGGGACCAUCUUCUAAGUUCCUCCUAGCUAGAAAGCACUGAUGGCCUUUUAAAGGCAUGUUUGGGUUAAAAUCAUUUAUUCUAAAAGACUUGUGUUACUAACAGCAAUUUAAGUGACAAUUAAGUCAAAUUUAAUUUUAUUUUUUCACUUCAGUUUGGACUGUGAAACGAAACCACUUGAUUUCACUCAUGUUUCUAUAAGUCAAUUUCAGGUUGAGUCUCUUACCCUAAUGUUUAGAUUACAGAUGCUUCAAUGGCAGACUUACAUUUAAACACUUUUCACUAUUUUCAUAGAAAAUCUUUAUUUUAAAGAAAUCAUGAAAAGCUACUGCAAUUAAGUUUAACAAAUUGAAUUUUGGGACUUCCCUUUCAAAGCCUGUAUUGUGCACAUGAGAACAUCUCAAGACAAGAAUGAGUUGGCUCCAUUGCAUACUGUACAUAAGAUGUUACAUCAGAAACUCCUGAGAUUUGCUUUUCCUAAUGGUUGAAGUAGCUGCUUGCCUCAGUGGCAGCUCUGUUCCCAUCCCCAAGACAUGGAAUGUCGUGACAGAUGCUUUGAGCUACAUGUACCACUAGCAGCGUAAUCCAUUCUGAACCAUGUGAAAAACAAGCAUGACACCCAAUAGUUCUAACGGUAGAUGAAAGAUGGCUAUAGAGAAAUAUAUAGUGAAAAUACAAACCUUCAUCUGUGCCAAAUUGCCAGCUAAGGGCAGAGCUAAUUUGCACAUGUAAGUCUUCCAAUAACAUUUAAAAACCCUUAUUUGGAAAUAAAGCGGUUUCCUUCUCUAUUCGUUUGUUCUUUGUCAGUCCUCACUUUGGUUUAUUUUGCAACUUAUAAAAUAUGCCCAUCGUCUGCUUUUAAUUCAUGUCCCCGUUGUCAGUUAUAAUUAGCGUGUCAUACAUUACUUAUUGAGAAACCAGUGUAAGGACUGUAGAUUUUUGCAUACAGUUUUGCUAGAUAGUUUGCAUGAAUUAAGUUCAGUAGUGUGUGGAUUUGGAAUGGAGCCAUAAAGGUCUGUUAAAUGUGAGUUGUGUUUUUUUUGUCCUGGACCCUUCAAUGAAGAGUAACUGGUUUUGUGCUGCAUUCAAAAAGGGAAAUUGUUUGGUUUAAUACUUUUUAUUUACUACAGUUAAGUGAGAGGGUUUGUUUUUUGGGAAAGAUAAGAUUACUGCACUGCAGUAACCUUAGUUCUUCAUAAAUCGAAGAAUUCUUGAACCCUGGAUGACUUGCUUUUUUUGGUGCAUCACCCAUGCUGAGGUCUGUAUGAAGCUAUCUAGACAACAUGAAUGGUAUGGUUUGAAAUUUAGCUUCCCAAUACUCAUUCAAUGGAGAGACAUUUUUUGAACUUGUAUCUUUAAAAAUUAUGCGUUUUUUGGUACAAAUUUAUUUUGCACCACUCAACUAAGUUAAUUACUUGCACUUCAUUCAGUUUGGAUAACACAAAUGUACACCUCAGUUUUGCUUACUGUUAAUUUCACUUCCUGACUCCUGUAAGCAUACACAGCACAUGGAAUGUUCAGUUGCAAGCAUUCUCUUUUUGACCCUGAUGCUAGUAAGGGUUCUAAAACCACUCUCCUUUCAUUUUCUAACAAAAUGGAAUUUUGGGUGCAAAACAUCUUAAUUCCAAUCCUGGUAAGAACUGGGGAACUAAAUCAGGUACAUUCCUUUAAAAAAAAAAAAAAAAUAGUAGACACCUACUGUGGUAUAUCUGACUAUUAAUUUGCAGAGCUGCCUCUAAGACACAGGAAUCUCAAAUUCAAUUCAUUUGAAUCUCUAAUGUAAAACUAUAUGAGUAUAGGAUGCAUUUGAUCAUAAGAUGUCAAUGUUCUAUUACACAGAAUGUGUAUGACACCUGUAAAUAGCAGUAUCAUACUCCUGCAUCUGUAUAUGAAAUAUCUUUUAUUGUACUAUCUUCUGUUGGUGAAAGAGACAAGCUUUUGAGCUGCACAGAGUUCUUCAGGUUUAGGUAAGGAGAUAUAUAUGCAAUGUAGACAUUUAGGAAGAAAAGUUAGUGCAACACAAUUGAAUUACUCAAAAUCAGAUUAAAUGUAGGCAGUUGUUCUUUCCAAAACAUGGUAAUAGGGUAAGGAGCAGUGUAUAUUACACUAUUGCAAUAUUUUGUUCAUUUUUAUGCUGCUGCUCCCUACAAAGACUAGAGUAUCCCUGUUUGGUUACAGGCUCUGUGAUGGAUUAUAUUAUGCAUUUUCUUGAAACAAUGAUUGUGGCUGCAGUUGCAAAAAAGACUUGCAAUAGUACAAAUUGGAUUCACAAACAACCAUCACAAGCCUUAACAUAAUUUGGAAAGUCAAAAUGGCCUAGAGCAAAAUGACUGAAAUAUACUGUAACCUCUCUUCCCCCUUGCAACAAAGGUACAAUUUAAGCAAGAAACUGAAAAUGAGUUCAGACAUCUGCAUUUGUGUAUUAUUCCCCUGCUUCUGUAUUUCAACACCUGGAAACACUUUAAAACUAAAUUAGAAAUUGCUUCUUGUGCUGCAUUAAGAAAAUCCUUUUUUUCCUUUCUUUCUUUUUAAUGAGGCACUGGACUUUUGCUUAGUUUAGCCUGUUUCUAGAACAACAUUUGGAUUAAAGUUAACAAGUGAGAAAUUUACCAUCUGUUUUAAGCCUCCAGUGCAAGGCAUUUUAAGGGCCUGAUCCAAAGCCUGUUGAAAAAACUUCUGUUGCCUUCAAUGGAUUUUGAACUAGACUAAAUAUGAAACUGAAACUGUAGCCUGAAUUUGAUUGGGUGAAUGAAAAAUAAAUCAUACUGUCUGAACUCA